AAAAAAAAAAAAGGGAAAAAAGAAGUCCUUUUACCCCUUUUAAAGAAUCAUAAAGGUCUAGUGGUAAUAGGAAAAACUUUUUCAGGCCACCAGAUUAAGUCAAAGGUGCUUGGAAAGUGUAUUAAAAAUGGUCACACAUAUUGGAAAUGCCAAAAAGUAGUGUCAUGGGAUGAUAGCUUGGGAACUACAGUUACGUCCAGAGUGUCAUGUGACCAUUUGAGUGGUACUUAUGACCACAGUAGUGAUAAAUUCUGUUGACCUUGGACCUUGGGGGUUUGCUGACCCAGGAGAAAUCCCAGAGGCGAAAAAUAGCACCAGCAAAAAAGAAACAAAGAGGCUCUCAGAAAGGCUCUCAAUCUGUCCUGCAAACCAAAUUCUCUAUUUCUCACUGCUGGGAAUGUGUGCUUCCUGGAGGCUAUCAUACACCCCCAGAAAUAUGCCAAAUCACAGACUAGUUAAUAAACAAAACUUUAUUUUCCUUUAAUACAAAAAUUAAAUAGCAAAGUUUAUUUUUUUGUACAGUGAUAAAUUAGAAAUUUACAGUACAGACAUCAAUGCAGACAUACAUUUGUACAUCCUUAAAAGCAGGGUCCAUUUCCUUUGACGUUCAGCAAUUUGUUAGGGCAUGUGUAGCAGGGGUUUGCCUGGUACCUCUAUGUCGAACAUCUGAGAGCCCCCCCAGGCUGGCCUCAAGGUGGAAGGAGCUGCAGGGUGGCAUGGGGAUCCAAGGACAGGUCACAGAGCACCAGCCUGACUGCUGCACAAGAUGCUGAGUCCCAUUUCACCUUGUCACAAAGAAGCACACCUGACAUUUACUUCACCUUUCCUACAAAGAGCUCAAGGGGCCUUUCAUCUUGAGACUUUCGAAAGUCUCACAACAUCCCUGUGAGGUAGGAAAAAAUUCAGAACCACUUAGAUGCCCCACUGGGAGAGUGCUGGAGAGCAGCCUCCCCCUCCCAAAACACACAACCAAGUUGGGGCCUGAGCCCAUGAGCAGGAUGUGGAGAGGUGCACAUCCUGGGGGAGAAGAUGGACCAGGCUUCGGGGGGCAGAGGUGCUCCUGCCCCUCUUCUCAGAAGCCUUCUGAGAUGACAGUGGUCAUAUACUGAAUGUUGCAGGAGAUCAGGGAGCCACAAAAGCCUGGAGGACAUGGCUCAUAGAAGACCUCAAACGGGCUCUCUAUAAACCACCUGGGCAAAUACUGGGAAUUUGCUGGUGCCAAGAAGAAGGGAAAUAAGGGAAAAUAGGAACAGGUUGCUACAGGGCAAGUGGCCUCACCAAGGGGAAGAGGCCUGUUGGGGAGGUUCAGGGUUCACUUCCCUCUUGGUGACAGCCAGUAUGCCGUUAUUGUGCAUGUGCAUGGCAAGAGGCAGAGGCAGAGAGCUCUGACCAGGCCACAGUAAAACAAAAUCCAUUAUUUAACACUCUGGUAUCUGAUCCUUGGUAGGAGCAAAAUACUCUUCUAGGAGUUUCCAAGAUCUAUGACCUAGACCCAGAGGAAAAAUGAUAACCCGGGUCCUCUGCCAAACAUUAUACAAACCUAGAUGAGGACUCUGAACCCAAAUACAAUAAAAGAACACAAGGAACCGUUAGAGUCCAGUGACUCGACAUAAUUGGCUGGAAAAGCAACUCCCUCCAAUCUCUCCCAUCACAGAAUGAAAUUCAGGAUGUAGCUUGAUCUUGGGGGCUCCUUUCCAAAGUCUGUUCUGUGGCUCUCCUCCCUAACUGCUUCUGUGGCCACCUCACCAGGAACCAAAGACUGCACUAGCCUGGUGACAUCUUUUUAAAUUAAGUCUGCCCUCCAGGGCUGAGAUUACCAAGCUCCUCUGUGUCCUCAGGUCCCAGCUUGGUUCCUAACACAGUAAGCCCUGAAUUCAGUGACCAGGAGGCUGAGGGGGGAUGAGAGAGGACAGAGUUCAGAGUGCUGGUAAAGUCACAAUUCAGAACCUAAACACAGAAGUUUCCCUGAUUUGGGGGUGUAGGCGACGGAGUGACUGGGGAGAGGAAAAUCAGAGAUCUUCUCAGGGAAAUAAAAAGUAUCACCCCUUCUCCGGUUUCAGGACCCUGAGCAAGCUGCCAGCUCAGAAGCAGUCUCAGAGAUCAGGAAACGGGUCUCCGUGGAGGAAAAAGGAUAUGAAUCAACCAAGUAGCUCAACCAGAUGGUUCAGAGGUUUAUGGGAUGGACACAGUGAAACAGAUGACAAUUCAGAGGCCCAUGCUCCUUCCCAAAAAACCAACAGCAAGUCAGCAGACCCAGAAUCCUCAGUCCACGUCAUUUGGAAGGAGAGCUUAUACUGCACGACGUCCCCUUUGGUGCCUAACACAAGGCUCUACACGUGGUUGGCACGCGGGAACUCACAGGAGCAGACAGAAAAUGAACAGACAGAUGUACCUCACUGUGAUGAGGAAACAGAGUCCCGAGAAGGCUGAAUUCCAACUUGGGGAGGCAAUGAAGCUGUGUAAAGUAGGAUGCAUAAUGGUUAAAAGCUCAGGCUGUGGAAUCAGGCGGACCUGUCUUGGAAUUCAGCAAAAUGUAGCAUAGGAUGUUAGAACUACAAAGAACCUUUGAUAAUCAGCUAGUUCCUUGCCUAAUCAUUAUAAUAAAGUUAAUCAGCCAAUAACUAUUUAUUGAGUCCUUGUAGUAUGCAUGCUACUGAAGUAGCUCCCCCAAACAGGGAAGACAUUAAAGAUCACUCAUUUAUCCCAUCCUGGGAAUUUCCAAAUGCCUGCAUUUUUCUGAUUUCCCUUUUAGUAGCCCUCAAUUUUUUAGGUUCAAAAUUUGACUGAAUUUUAGGGCUUCCUGCCUUGUUUUUCUCUAUUAUCCCUUUUGACUACAGUAAUCCAUACCUGGGGUUUCAUUUCUGUUCUAAAACAAGAAGAAGGGACACAUUUUAAGAAAACAGUUUUGAGGGGUGCCUGGUUGGCUCAGUUGGUUAAAUGUCUGACUUCAACUCAGGUCGUGAUCUUGCAGUUUGUGGGUUCAAGCCCUACAUCGGGCUCUGUGCUGACAGCUCAGAGCCUGGAGCCUGCUACGGAUUCUGUGUCUCCCUCUCUCUCUGCCCCUCCCUCGCUUGCUUUGUCUCUCUCAAAAAUAAAAAAUAAAUGUUACAAAAAGAAAACAGUUUUCAGACCCAUGAAAACAAACAGUAGCAUCUAUUAGAUGGUUUCUGGAAGGAAACUUUCAGGUCAUCUUCUGCAGGACCCCACUUAACAGACAGAGAAGCUGAGACCCAAUUGGUGGAGAUGACUUCCCCAAGACAGAGUUAGAACUAGAUAUCCUUUCCUCUGCCUGCAGGACUGUUCACAGUACAUGAGAGUGUCUUCCCUUCACCUCCUCGCCAGGCAAACCUGCAUUGUUGUGGGUAAAAAGCAGCAGACCCAUUAAUCAGACCCGAGGGUUCAGCCUGCUUAUAUAAGACGGAGAGGUGAUAAAUUGCUCAGUAUAACUGGGCCCUUCUGCUUUCUCAGUUAUACUGCCACAUAUGACCACUUGCGCUGAGGAUGACGGGAUCUGCCCUGCCUGCCCGCCCUUCAGAGUGGCCAGUCCCUCCUCUGCUCCAGCCAUCGUGUUUCUCCUUCCUUCUUGUCCAAACAUUGCUUUCAGAGGAGUUGUAUUGAAUGACUUUCCCAUUUCUGCUUCUGUGCUGUUAAAGCCUCCCUUGAGGCAUGAGCCAAGACAUCCUUGCUAAUGAAACAUUAUAAUUCCAACAUCUGAAUUCCAGCAUCAGCAUGAAGCCAGGGCAAUGGGAGUUAUGUGGCUUAGAGAAUGUCAGAACUGGAAGACACUCUUAGAGACCAAAGAAUCUACCUCAUCACCUCAUUGGCAGAUACAUGUGAUUACAGAGAGAAAAGGAAAUGUUAAGUGACUCUCCACUUUGGUACUGCUAGCUAGACACAGAAUAAGACUAGAAGUCAGGCCUUCUGACUUCACAGAUCAGUAUUUACAAGAAUCAUCUCUUGGCAUGUAGAACACAAAAACACAGUGAGCCCCCAGGAAAGGGUGUUGAAUGACUGACAAUAUCUUCUAGCAAGGAAAUUAGGAAAUUCUGUUUCCUUCUUAGAAUUAAGCCCUAGCACAGUAACUCUCUACAGGGAAAACAGAAGCAGUAACAAAAUUUCUUUAUCAUCCUAGCGCUUAUGUGAGAAUGAGAUCCAUAUAUGAAGGUCCUUAUCAUCGGCCUUAGAAAAUUCUCUUGGCUUUCUUUCACCUGUUUGUUGUGGCAUUGAGUUAAAACUUGCCAGUGUUGUACUACUUAAACCCAAGAAGUCACCACCCCUCAUUCUAGAGGUAAGUUUUCUGUGCCUCUUAGUAAGUGUGAUGCAUUGGUGAAACUCCAGGGGCAUAAUUCAUUUUAUAUUCUAGGUAAAUAGUGCCCCCUACAGUUGUACAAUAUGUGGUUUUUUUACACUGUGGUGGAGCAGCAAAUAUGGACAGUCCAUAACUUACAAUGGUUCAGCUCAUGAGUUUUUGACUUUACAAGGUGCACAAGCAAUAUACACUCAGUAGAGGGGCACCUGGAUGGCUCAGUUGGUUGAACGUCCGACUUCGACUCAGGUCAUGAUCUCGUAGUUCAUGGGUUGGAGCCCUGCGUCAGGCUCUGUGCUGAUAGCUCAGAGCCUGGAGCCUGCUUCAGAUUCUGUGUCUCCUUCUCUCUCUGCCUUUCCUCUGCUUAUGUUCUGUCUCUCUCUCUCUCUCAAAAGUAAAAUAAACAUUAAAAAAAUACACACUCAGUAGAAACUGUACUUCGAACUUUGAGUUUUGAUCUUUUUCAGGCUAACACUGUGGGGGAUGAUCCUGUCUCAUGAUGCUGGACAGUGGCAGCAAGGCACAGCUCUUGGCAGCCACAUAAUCACAAGGGUGAACAAUCCAUACACUUACAACCAUUCUAUUUUUCACGCAGUACAGUAUUCAGUCAAUUACGUGAGAUAUUCAGCACUUUAUUAUAAAAUCACAGUAGGCUUUGUGUUAGACGAUUUUGCCCAAUGGUAAGCUAAUAUAAGUAUUCUGAGCACACUGAAGGUAGGCAAGGCUAAGUCAUGAUGUUCAAUAGAUUAAAUACAUUUUUACUUAACAAUAUUUUCAACUUUUGAUGGGUUUAUCGGCAUGUAACUCCAUCACGAAUCAAGGAAGAUCUGUAAUAGUGAAAGUACUUUACACACACUAAGUUAAGUGAUACUCUAAAAGGUAAGGACUAUUGUUAUGUCUAUUUAUCAGUGAUAAAGACAAAGAAUUGGAGGGAAUAAGGUAUGUGCCCAAGACUACAGUACAGGACAGAGGUAGUUAGGAGUAUUUAAAAUAGACCUGCAAAUAGCGCAAGAACAAGCAAAUUAGAGCCAGAAGGAUUUGAUUGGAACUUCAUGCCAGACAGUUUGCUAGGUAUGUGAUGCUGACCAACUCAGUCUCUUGAGCCUUAGUGUUCAUACCUUUAAAAUAGGAUAAUAGAACUUGUGGAAGACAUUGUUGGUCAUUGAGCCAGUAUCUUCCCCCAACCCUAUGUGUCCAAUCCAUACCUUUCUUCCUUCCUAACAAUAAUGUAUCAGGAUAUCAAGUGACUCAUAAAAAGAUGAGCUCUUUCCUAAUCUUAGGGCAUGAGGUAAAUUUUCCCCUUGCAAGUGAUUGCAUUAGGAAUGGGUAUAUGACAUAAUUCUAGCUAAUGGGAUGGAUGUAGGAGUGUGCAGGGUAGGUAGGGAAGGCUCAUCCCUUGGGACAUUUUCCCUAACUUUCAGAAAGGAAAUGGAGAAAAAUUGCCUUUUCUUUUUUUAAAAUUUUUUUAAGUGUUUAUUUAUUUUUGAGAUAGAGAGACAGAGUGUGAGUGGGGGAGGGACAGAGCCUCCAAAGCAAGCUCCAGCCUCCAAGCUGUCAGCACUGAGCUCAAUGCAAGGCUUGAAUGCACUAGGUGUGAGAUCAUGACCUGAGCUGAAGUCAGACACUUAACCAACUGAGCCACCCGGGCACCCCCAGUUCUGCCUUUUCUUACUCCAGCUUGUGGGUGUUGUAUGAGGACAUGAUAACUGGAAGUGUUCCUGCCAUCCCUCAUAACCAAAAGUAUGAGCCAAAUACUGAAGAUGAAUGUAUGAUUAGUUUUUAUAUGUCAACUCGAUUGGGCCAUAGGGCACUUAAAUGUUUUGCUAAACAUCAUUCUGAGUGUUUCUAUCAGGACUUUUGGAUGUGUUUAACAUUUAAAUCAAUAGAUUGUGUAAAGCAGAUUGCUCUCCCUAAUGUGGGUGGGCCUCAUCCAAUCAGUUGAAGACCUAAAUAGAAUAAAAAGGCCAACCAUCCCCUGAAAUGGGGGAGAUUCCUCCUGCUUUACUGCCUUCAAGCUGGGACACUGUUUUGUUUCUGCCUGUGGGCUCUAACUGAACUAUUGGUUCUUCAUGGGUUUUGAGCCUUCCAGCCUUCAGACUGACAGUACAUCAUCAGCUCUCCUAGGUUACCAGCUUGCUGGCUUACCCUGAAGAUCUUGGGACUAGUCAGCCUCCAUACCCAAGUUGUUAUAAUAAAUCUCUUUAAAUAUACGUGUGUACAUAGGUAUGUGUAUAUAUAUGUAUGUAUGUAUAUGUAUAUAUGCAUGUGUGUGUAUAUAUA